ACUACAGUUGUUUUCGUGUGCAGCGACUCAGAGUAUGCCGCCGCCUCGCGCAUCAGCCGUUGUUUCUUCUGUUUGUCCUGUAUGCUGGUUUUACGUCAUGAUUUAAAAGACUUUGUGAAUGUACAAAUUGUGCAGAAGGUAUUCAGUGUGCUAUCAUUGUCUCUCGUCAGAUGCCCAACUUGAUCCGAAAGUGCGUAGUCAUCUCGGCACACAAGAAGACGUCUUCUUCAUGCCCAUAACAUCGAGGAGCAGUUCUUGCAGUGACAAAAUCGACCAUGACUGGUUUCCAUCCAUAGAAAGUCAAAUAUGUUCAUCAUCGUCUUUGUGUGUGACCUUAACGCCCAACAUUGAAAAUUCCACGUUUGUAGUCCGAGGAUGCAUGGAAUACAUCUUACGGCAUAGUUUGAAAAGGCAAAAUAUCCAUAAAAAAGGCUGCUACCUCGUUCGUUCACUGCCAGCUCGCUAUCCACCCAAAUUCACUGUCGAUUACCUGCUUUGCGUAUGUAAAGGUGAUUACUGUAAUGGUGAACAACCGCCAGACUUCUUACCGGGACCAUAUAAUUUUCACGGUAACAUGGUAUUACCGCUACAUCGUAGAGAAGAUCUUUUAUUAGCUCCAGGAAUGCGAAUGCAACUUGAAAAUAAUUAUUAUAAAAUUAAUGACACAUCCCACGACCUACAAAGCUUGCCCAAGACAAAGAUCAUCUUAAAUAUGGCUGGUUAUGUAUAUAAUGCGUAA